AGCAUGGUCGGCGAGGGGGACGGCCGCACCGUUGGCUCCGCCGCAGGGGCCCUUGGCAGCAGGGCGGCUGGGCUGGGCUGGGCUGAGCUGCACCCCCCUGUGUCCGCGCGCGGCGCGCCCGCGAGUGAGUGAGCGAGCAAGCGGAGGAGUGAGCGAGCGAGCGCGAGCGAGUGAGUGACAAGAGUGGCGGACAUCGCCGUCGUAGUGCUGCUCGCCCGAGCCCCCGCCCCGCCUUGUCGUCGACGCGAAGGGCGCAGCUGGCGCAGCGGUGGCGUCCGGGCCCGUGCUGAACAGGCCGCCCGGAGCCGCGCCCGGACCCGGAGCCGCACCCGGAGCCGCGCCCCCCGGGCCCGGAGCCGGCGGAGCCGCGGGAGGCAGGCGGCUGGCCCCUGCCCGCUCACAGGAGGGCAACCUCUCAGGCGAUGGAAGCCCUAGCCCUUCCGACCGGCCGGCAAUGGGCCCGGGAGCGGGCCUUGGGGCGGGCCUGGGGGCAGCAGCGCCGGGGGCGGCACCGGCCGUCGGCGGCCUCGGCGUCGGCGGCCUCGUGUCCACGUCCACGCCGCCCCUCCCGGGGUCGCUCUCCCGGCAGUCCCCCAGGCAGUCGCCGCGGCAGUCGCCGAGCCAGCCCUGCAGCGACCACGGAGACUCGGACUCGGGCCUGGGGCCCCCGCAGUGGAGUCCCCUGGAGGCGCCCGAGCUGCUGCUCGAGGACGAGCGCCAGCCCAUCCCCGGCGUGCCCAUCCGGGGCGCCACCCUGCCCGCGCUCGUCCGCCUGCUCGUGCAGUGCUUCGAGCUGGACGGCGCGGUGGUGGCGCCCGCGUCCUCGCUGCCGCGCGUCGCGCUGCUGAUGCACCGCUGGUGGACGUCGGCCGCGCACCUCGCCUCGCUGCUCGCCGACGUGUACCGCGAGGCGCAGCACCCCGAGGCGCCCGCCGGCCCGGCCUGCGCCCACCGGCACGCCGACACGGCCACCUGCCCCGUGGCCAGCACCCGCCUGCAGGUGUGCCACGUGUUCAGGUACUGGAUGAUCAACUUCCCCCUGCACUUCGAGGUGGAGCCUGGGCUGGUUCUGGUGGUGCAGGACUUUCGCAACCAGCUCCCCCAGGAGUGGGGCAGCCUCGUGGACACCUCGGUGCUGCCGAGCUUCGACUGGAUGCGCAAUCCGUCCGUUCGCCCGGGUCCGGGGCAGCAGCAGCAACCGCAGCCGCAACCCCAGCCGCAACCGCAACCCACCACUCAACAUAAUGAGAGGGUGUCUCUGGUCUUCAACCACAUGGAGCCGCAACAGCUGGCAGAGCACAUCACAUUCCUGGAGCAUAAAGUUAUCCGACGGAUCACGUUCCACGACCUGAAGCGCUACGCGUGCAGCGGCCGGCUCCAGGACGCGUCCCGCCUCGAGCGCUCCGUGUCGCUCUUCAACGGCCUCACGCAGUGGGUGCAGUGCAUGGUGCUGAGCCGCACCACGCCGCAGGAGCGCGCCGAGGUCAUCGAGAAGUUCAUCAACGUGGCCAAGUUCCGGAAGUAA